UUACAUUUCCAGAUGAUUUUAUCAACCACGUUAGUUUCUGACCCGCAUGCAUAAAAAAAAAAAGCGAAAAGUGGAAGAACUAAAGAUCCCUAAAGAGCCGAACGAGUAAGGGAAUGUCUUUUUAAGGAUCGGGGUUUUGGAUUAUUUCUCUUCAUUUUGCUUCUUUCCUGGAUAGAAACGUGACGAUAUGGUUAAUUGAUUGAUGACAGAAUAGCAGAGAGGUGAAUCAGUGGAACACCAAAGAAAAAGUUGAGCAAUUAAGUUUCAAAUGGCUACGAGCAGUACAAAUGAUGAAGACGCUGGUGAAGAUGGUAAUGUGUGGACUUUAAAUCAGAAGAUUGAUCAGCCCAUGGACGAAGAGGCUAGAAGGCUUAGAAAUAUGUACAAGGAAAAGAAAUUUUCAGCAGUAAUGAUUCUGCAACUCGCAUUCCAGAGCCUUGGUGUGGUCUAUGGUGAUUUAGGCACAUCGCCGUUGUAUGUUUUCUACAACACUUUUCCUGAUGGAAUUGAGGACUCGGAAGAUAUAAUUGGAGCUUUAUCCUUGAUAAUAUAUUCGCUUACUCUUAUUCCACUCCUUAAGUAUGUGCUAAUUGUGUGUAGAGCAAAUGAUAAUGGUCAAGGUGGGACAUUCGCUAUUUAUUCAUUACUCUGUCGACAUGCAAAAUUGAGGACUAUUCCUAACCAAGACCGGACUGAUGAGGAGCUAACAACGUAUAGUCGUUCUAUUUUUUCUGAAAAAUCAUUCGCUGCGAGAACCAAGAGAUGGUUGGAGAGACAUGCAUUCAUGAAGAAUACAAUGCUUAUUCUUGUCCUUGUUGGCUCUUGUAUGGUAAUCGGGGAUGGGAUUCUUACUCCAGCCAUAUCAGUUUUGUCAGCCGUUGGUGGGAUUAAUGUUGGCCGGUCUAGGAUAAGUAACGACAUAGUUGUACUUGUUGCUGUUCUUAUACUAGCACUUUUGUUUAGCAUUCAACACCAUGGUAUAGAUAAAGUUGGCUCGCUUUUUGCACCAAUUGUGCUCCUUUGGUUCCUCUUAAUUGGUGGAAUUGGCAUAUUCAACAUUUGGAAAUAUGAUAGCGGUGUUUUGAGAGCUUUUUCUCCUGUGUAUAUAUACCGGUAUUUUAGAAGGGGAAAGAGAGAUGGUUGGACAUCCCUCGGAGGCAUUAUGCUUAGCAUAACGGGAACAGAGGCACUUUUCGCUGACCUAUCCCAUUUCCCGGUUUUAUCCAUACAAAUUGCUUUCACAGUAGUUGUAUUUCCUUGUCUUCUUUUAGCCUAUUCUGGACAGGCUGCAUACCUCAUGAAGCACUCAGACAAUGUAGUUGGUGCCUUUUAUCAUUCUAUUCCAGAUUGCAUAUAUUGGCCAGUUUUUAUUAUUGCAACUGCAGCCGCCGUUGUUGCGAGUCAGGCUACCAUAUCUGCAACUUUUUCAUUGAUCAAGCAAGCUCUUGCACUUGGCUGUUUUCCCAGAGUCAAAGUUGUACAUACAUCAAAGAAGUUCCUUAACCAGAUUUAUAUUCCGGAUGUUAAUUGGAUCCUAAUGAUUCUUUGCAUUGCAGUAACAGCUGGCUUCAAAAAUCAAAACCAAAUUGGAAAUGCCUCUGGAACAGCAGUUGUGAUAGUUAUGUUGGUGACCACACUGCUCAUGAUUUUAGUGAUGAUACUAGUAUGGCGUUGCCAUUGGAUUCUUGUCUUCCUCUUCACUGUCUUAUCACUGGUGGUGGAGUGCACAUACUUCUCUGCUGUAGUCCUCAAGGUUAAUCAAGGUGGGUGGGUCCCUCUAGUGAUCUCUGCAGUAUUCUUUGCCAUCAUGUAUACUUGGCAUUACAGUACGGUGAAACGCUAUGAGAUUGAAAUGCACAGUAAGGUUUCAAUGGCAUGGAUUCUUGGACUCGGACCCAGUUUAGGGCUAGUACGUGUACCCGGGGUAGGACUUGUGUACACUGAGCUAGCUAAUGGGGUGCCUCGAAUUUUCUCUCACUUCAUCACGAACCUGCCUGCCAUCCACAAUGUUGUCGUUUUUGUCUGUGUCAAAUACCUGCCCGUUUACACAGUCCCGGAGGAUGAGAGAUUCCUUAUAAAGCGAAUCGGGCCCAAUGAAUUCCACAUCUUCCGUUGUGUUGCAAGGUAUGGUUAUAAAGACCUUCAUAAGAAAGAUUAUGAUUUUGAGGAGAAGCUCUUUGACACCCUUAGUACGUUUGUCCGACUUGAUUCCUUAAUGGAGUGUUCCGACUCUGAUGACUAUAGCUUGCCCGACCAACAAGACGAGCAAGCAAGUGACAACCAUUUUAAUACCAAUGCCAACGCAUCCUUGUCCAAAGUGGAUUCUUCAAUAUCAUCCGUAGAUUCGAUCAUUCAAGUCAGUUCUCCGCCACAGCCAAGCAGCCAUAUAGAGAUUGAUGAGUUGCAAUUCUUGAAUGACUGUAGAGAUGCAGGAGUGGUUCACAUUCUGGGGAACACAGUAAUCAGAGCCAGGAGGGACUCGAACUUUUGCAAGAAGAUAGCUGUUGAUUAUAUAUAUGCAUUUCUAAAGAAAAUAUGCAGGGAGAACAGUUCCAUGUUAAAUGUGCCUCAUGAGAGUCUCCUGAAUGUUGGACAAGUUUUUUAUGUUUAACUCUUUGCUAUGAAUGAUAAUAAGAGUGAAUGAAGCUUCUCUCUCA